AUGUAUCCACAGCGCACUGGCCCGUCGGGACGCGUGCCACCGCCAUUGCAACGACCUGUACCCACGCAUCCACGUGCCUCUGCGCCUUCUCGCGCGGGCUCAAGCGACGCUUCAGCUACAUCGUACCAAGGUGCACCGGCGCAGCCACGCCCACCUCGUGGUGGUCCAUGGGCAGGUGGUCGGCCACCAACACAAGGGAGGCCGGUGCCCAAUGCACCUCGCCGCGCGACCACACCGCGCACUAGCAUGACAGGUGCACAGCGCGUCGUUCGCCCUGGUCCAUUGGCAUCACAGCCGAUGGAGUACCAAAGGAUUCAGUCACCUGCGCCCAUGUCGCCCACGACCCAAGACUUUUCGUCGCCAUACACGCCGCCACCCUACCGAGCGAAUUCGAUCACUGGGCAGCCGCAGAGCACAGAUACGUAUCCUUCGCCGGCCAAUGGUUGGGGAGCUGAUGGCGUCAGCACGCCACCAGUGGUGCAGCAAGAUGCCUACGGUAUGCCUGUGACACCACAGGACUCGGCGUGGGACAGCUUUUCGCAUGCUGCAGGGAUCCCUGCGUUUGGCUCGUCCAACAUGAUGAACGAUGCUACGACACAAAUGGGCAUGCAGCUAGGCCGGCAUGUCGCACAGGUGGGCGGUGAAUACAUGCAGCGCAACUUCCGUGCGCUUCUUCCCAUGCCAGUUCUCAAGCACUACUUUAAUGUGUCGAAUUCAUACGUUUUGCACAAGCUGCGUAUCAUCCUAUUCCCUUGGAGGCAUCGGCCCUGGUCGCGGCGACUGCGAUACUCCACGCCGUAUGGUGCAUCUGGCAUCAUGUCGCCGACCCAGAGCAGCUCUACCAUCUAUGCUGGAAUGAGCACACCGGAGCGGUCGUUGUCGGCAGAAGGCGGUCAUCCUAGCGGCUCCGUCGAGCCGGUCUCGUAUUGUGUGCCGCGUGAGGAUGUCAACAGCCCUGAUAUGUAUAUACCCUUGAUGGCAUUCGUGACCUAUGUGAUUGCAACGUCGUUCAUCUAUGGGAUUCGUGGUCGAUUCCAUCCCGAGGUGCUGGGUUACACGGCUUCUCGUGCCAUGGCGAUCGUUCUGAUUGAAUUUAGUGCCAUCAAGUUGGGAUGCUACUUGCUCAAUAUUCAAGGCGAUCAUACGGUGUUUGACCUGAUUGCGUACUCGGGCUACAAGUUUGUUGGCACGCUGGUUAUUCUUGCUGUGGGAUCUCUGCAUAUCAGUCGCUGGCUCUAUUGGCUUACAUUUUUGUACAUGUUCGCUGCGAACGCGUUUUUCCUCCUGCGCUCUUUGCGAUACGUCGUUCUUCCUGACCCGACUUCUCCCUCUAGCGUCACUGUUACUCAAGGCCAGCGUGCGGCACGCAUUCAAUUCUUGUUUGGUAUUGCCAUGUCUCAGAUCGUCUUUGGCUGGCUACUGAUCGUAGGGGUAAACUAG